CGCCACUGGUGACGUGAUACGCGGAUCCGCCGCUAGAGGCCGCAACCUCUGCAGGCCAGUCGAAACCAAGUUAGCUGGGCGUGUUGGGUUUACAAAUCUGAUCGAAAAGUGUGUGUUUUUUAGAUAUGUAUCAAAAAGGAUAACACGAUAAGGAAUACCUGCAAAUCCAGACAGAAAGAAACCCAAAACUAAGAAAUCAUGUCGCUAUCUUUGCGCAUCAACAUUGUCGAUCAUAAUGUUACGAAAACGAUUGUUUUCAACCCGACCAUGUCGGUGUACGACGCAUGCAGAGAAAUCCGAAACAAGAACGAGAACCUCGGAAAACCCAGUGACUAUGGUCUAUUCCUCACGGAUGACGACAGCAAAACGGGCGUUUGGUUGGAACCGGCGCGUUCCCUAGAAUACUACCUGCUGAGAAACGGCGACAUUCUCGAAUACAGAAAAAAAUUGCGAACCCUUCGCGUAAAAAUGCUCGACGGUUCGUUGAAAACCAUCAUGGUGGACGACUCCCAAGUGGUGGCCAACAUGAUGGUGGGAAUAUGCACGAAGAUCGGCAUAACGAACCACGACGAGUACUCGUUGGUCCUGGAAGAUCUGGAAAUGCCCGACACCAUGGACAACAGAAACUACGGCACCCUGACGCUCAAGAAGAAGAAGGAAGAGCGCGAACGCGACGCCAAGAUGGAGCAACUCCGUCGCAAACUUCACACCGACGACGAAGUAAACUGGCUGGAUCCAGGGAAGACGCUGCGCGAGCAAGGAAUCGAGGAAAACCAAACGGUGCUCCUCAAGAGGAAAUUCUUUUUCUCCGAUCAGAACAUCGAUUCGAGGGAUCCCGUCCAAUUGAAUUUGUUGUAUGUGCAGGCUAGAGAUGCCAUUUUGAAUGGCACGCAUCCUUUGCCGCAGGAUAAGGCAUGCGAGUUUGCAGGAAUUCAGUGCCAAAUUCAGUUCGGGGAUUACAUGGAGAACAAGCACAAGACCGGAUUUUUGGAUCUCAAAGAAUUCCUACCCCAAUCCUACAUCAAAAUCAAAAGCAUCGAAAAGAAAAUCUUCGCCGAGCACAAAAAACAAAUGGGGCUCGACGAACUCGAAGCUAAAGUGAAGUACACGAAGAACGCUCGCUUCCUUAACACCUACGGCGUCACCUUCUUCCUCGUCAAGGAAAAAAUGAAGGGCCGCAACAAACUCGUGCCGCGCCUUCUCGGCGUAACCAAGGACUCCGUGCUGCGACUGGACGAGAAAACCAAGGAUAUCAUACAAGUGUGGCCCCUCAAUACGGUGAGACGUUGGGGAGCCAGCACCAACACGUUCACGCUGGAUUUCGGCGAUUACGCAAAUCAGUACUAUUCCGUUCAAACGCCCGAUGCCGAGCAAAUUCAGCAGAUUAUUUCCGGAUACAUCGAUAUCAUCGUUAAGAAGAAACAAGCCAAAGACCACUUUGGAAUUGAAGGAAAUGAAGAAUCUACCAUGUUUGAAGAAAGCGUCUCUCCAUUCAAAGCUACAAUUUUGCAACACGAAUCGAGCAAAGUGGGAAAAAUCAAUACAGAAUCAGUCGCAAAACCUGCCCUUUUAAGGGCCGGAUCAGAUGGGGAGAAAACAUUUACAUUAAAUACCAUGGAAUCCCUCCAACAAACCACCAUAAGUGGGUCUGUUAACUUGGGUCAUGCACCACCUACGGUGCAACAAACUAAAAUCACUUCGGUUAUGUCGGAACCCCAACGAGGCCUAAUCUCCACCAUAUCUGCCACUCAAACGAGAAUCAAAGAAAGCGAGAUCGAGUUGGAGAGCAAGGCCCACUAUCCCGAGCUGGGUACUGACGCGCACUCCAAAAAAUGGAAGCAAGUCACUUUGGAUACGAGAAAACAGAACGUUGGCUCGCAAAUGGCCGCCAUGAACGCCGCUACUGCGCAAGUAGUUACCUUAACAUCUGGACCGGUGGAUGAAGUAGAUUAUAAUGCUGUUGGGGCAGCAAUAACAACAAUAGGAAGCAAUCUACCCGAAAUGACUAAAGAUGUCAAAGUCAUCGCAACUCUUAUGGAUGAUAGCAACAUGGGUGAUAAACUCCUUGAAGCUACAAGAAAGUUAUGCAACGCCUUCAGUGACCUACUUAAAGCUGCAGAACCCGAAUCCAAAGAGCCACGUCAAAAUCUCCUCAAUGCUGCCUCCAGAGUUGGUGAAGCUAGCACUCAAGUUUUGGCCACGAUUGGAGAAGAAACCAUCGAAAACAAGGAGCUCCAAGAUAUGCUUCUUUCAUUGGCCAAGGCGGUGGCCAAUACCACCGCCGCUUUGGUUUUGAAAGCCAAAAACAUCGCCUCGACUAUGGGAGACGAUCAACAGCUUCAGAACAGGGUAAUCGGAGCUGCGACUCAAUGCGCCCUGGCUACCUCUCAACUAGUAGCUUGUGCUAAGGUGGUGGCCCCCACAUUGCACUCCCCCGCAUGUCAAGAGCAACUCACAGCUGCUGUGCGCGAAGUAGCCAAAGCAGUGGAAAAACUCGUUUCCGUCUGCAACGAAUCAUCGCCCGACGACCACCUAAACAACCAACUGAAAGCCGCGGCCGCAGAAGUAACGCGAACCCUCAACGACCUCUUGAACCACAUCAAACUGGGUUCGAGGGCGCGCGCCAAAGAGUCCGUCCACACCGAAGACAGCGUCGAGGAGAUCUACACCGCCACCGACAAGCUGCAAGCCGCCUCAGGAGACGCGAACGAGAUGGUCAAGCAAGCCAGAAGGCUGGGGCAGGCCACCGCGAUGCUCAUACAGAGCAUCAAGGGCGAGGCCGAGAAGGCUCCGGACUCGGACAUCCAGCGCCGCCUGUUGGCCGCCGCCAAGACGUUGGCGGACGCCACCGCCAAAAUGGUGGAGGCGGCGCGUCAGUGCGCCAGCCACCCGCAGGACCAAACUUAUCAGGAUCAGUUGAGGAGGACGGCGGAAGAUCUGCGGGACGUUACGAUUGUGGCCGCCACUACGCCGGCGUUGAGGGCCAAGUUGGUGGAGAGGGUGCAGAUUUGCGCCAAGAAGGCCGUCUCGUCCGCCACGCAGUGCAUAACGGCCGCGCAGGCUAGUCACGAGUACAACAGCAACGUGGCGACGAGGGAGGCGUUGCGGAGCGACACGAUAGAGUUGGCCGAGCAGAUUCCGCCGCUGAUCAACUCUCUCAAAGCGAACGGAGCGAGACCUGAAGAUAGUCACGUUCAGAGCGAGUUGAUGUACGUGGCGGAGGUUUUCUUGCAUCCCGCGCAGCAUUUCGUGCAGAGUUCCAGGACCGUUCUGCCCACCAUAACGGAGCGUUCCGUCACCGAGCAACUGUCGAUGACGAGUCAGCAGUUGACGAGCGAUUUGGGGGAUUUACGCAGCGCUCUCAGCCGGGCGAAACCGGUUUGCCAGGGUUUGGGUAUCGAAGCCGCCCAGCAGCUCAUCUCCGAGCUGCAGGACGAGCUGAACGAGUUCGAAAGAGCCGUCGAUGCUCACCGUUUGAAGCCUCUGCCGGGGGAUACCGCCGAAAAGGGGGCGCAGCAACUCACCAGCAGCACGAAGCUGGUUAACCAGGGGGUGGCGCAGCUGAUGAGCGCGGCGGCGCAAGGCAACGAGAUGUACACCGCGCAGGCCGCCAAGGACACCGCGCACAGCUUGCGGAACCUCACCGGCGGCGUUAGAACUGUAGCCGCCACCACCAACGACGAGCAAGUGCAGAAGAAUUUGAUAAGAGCGGCCCGGGAAGUCAUGACGCACUCGGCCAAGCUCGUCGAAGAAGCGCAAAGAAGCCUGCAAUCGGUGAACUUGACCCCUGGGCUACAAAGUGCGGCCAAAGACAUUUCCGCCUCCCUAACGAAGACCGUCGCUUGCCUUCCGGGACAAAAAGACGUCGACAACGCCAUUUCGAACAUCAUACAGUUUACGAGCUCCAUCGAAGUGAACUUGUUCCCGCACACCAACAAAAGCUACGGCGAACUGCAGCAGGAACUAAACACGGCGGCCGCCAAUUUGAACGAGGCAUCUUCGAGUGUUUUGACUUCCGUGAAGAGUCCCGUACAACUGGCGUCGUCCUCGAAGGAUUUCUCCUCGGCGUUCCAGGAAUUAUUGACCGUUUCCUUGGAGAUGGCCGGUCAGCAAACAGACGCCGGCGCGCAAGGCGAGAUGGUGCACUCGAUGAAAAACGUUUCGACCUCUUCGAGUGCCUUGUUGACCACCGCGAAGUCGCUAUCGGCCGAUCCCUUGCUGCCCAACGGCAAAAAUCAACUGGCCGCGGCGGCCAGAGCCGUUACGGAAAGCAUCAAUCACUUGGUGAUCGUGUGUACCUCGGCCACGCCCGGCCAGAACGAGUGCGACAACGCCAUCAGAAAGAUCAAAGCGAUGAAAUAUUUGUUGGAGAACUCCACCGAACCCGUCAACGACAUGUCCUACUACGAAGCCCUGGACUCCGUGCUGGAAAGCAGCAAAAUCCUCGGCGACGGCAUGUCCGGGAUCACGAGCUGCGCCAAAGUUCCGGACGCGGAGCGAUUCACGGAGCACAUCAAGAACUUCAGCAGCGCCAUCUGCUUUCUGGUGGAAGCCACGGCGCAAACCGCCUACCUGGUCGGUAUUUCCGACACCACCAGCACCGCAGGCCGUCCCGGUCUCGUAGACCAGGCUCAGUUCGCGCGCGCCUCCCAAGCCAUCAAGCAAGGCUGCGCCGCCUUAUCUUCCCCAUCCAGCCCGCAAAAGCACGUUUUAGAAGCCGCCACCAUGAUCGCCAAGCACACCAGCGCCCUCUGCAACUCGUGCAGAGCCGCCAGUAACAAGACCACGAACCCCGUCGCCAAGAGGCAGUUCGUUCAGAGCGCCAAGGCUGUGGCGAACUCCACCGCCGCCUUGGUCAAGGAGAUCAAGGCCUUGGACUCCGAUUACUCGCAGGAAAGUCGUCGCAGGUGCGCCGAAGCCACGCGACCGCUGUUGGACGCAGUCGACAGUCUGUGCGUGUACGCGAGUUCGGGGGAGUUCGUUUCCAUCCCGGCCAAAAUAUCCUACGAAGGCAAAGUCGCGCAACAGCCAAUUAUCAAGUCGGGGGAGGCCCUCAUCGAUUCCUCCUCUGCAGUCCUAAAUGCCACCAAAACUCUCAUCGUCAACCCGAAACAUCCUUCGACAUGGCAACAGUUCGCCAGCACAUCGAAAUCUGUGUCCGAUUCCAUCAAACAGCUGGUACAAAAUAUUAAGUCCAGCUCCCCGGGUCAGAACGAGUGCAGCGUUGCCGCCGAAAUUCUCAACGGUCACCUGAAAUCACUGGACGUCGCCUACAUGGACGCCGUUUCUCAAACCCUAACCCCAAAACGUUCCGCCACGUUGCCAGUAUUCAGCCAACAAGUCGAGCGCGCUGCCGCGAGUCUUUUCGACACCAUCGAACCUCUGAGGCACGCCGCCAAAUUCGAGGCCGAGAACAUCGGCCACUCCGUCAAUCAGCUGGUGCAAUACUUCGAACCCCUGGUGCAGAACACCAUCGGCGCCGCCUCCAACAUCAGCAACUCCAAACAGCAAGUCCUGCUCUUGGAUCAAGCCAAAUCGGUCACCGAAUCCGCCCUGCAACUGACCUACAUAACCAGAGAUUGCGGCGGAAACCCAAAGGCUGCGAAUAUCCACCCCGACAUCGACGAAUUCGCCAACUCUUUACGCGACACCGUUCAAGAACUCGUGCGCAGCCUGGAAAAAAUCUCCACGCAAAGCGGUAUUGUCUCCGGAGUUGUGGACAACAUAGCGAGAUCCAUGGCCCACUUGACGAAUCAAAGGGCUUCCCUCAUAAUCUCGGACAGCGGUAGCUACGUCGACUACCAGACCAGGAUGGUCAGCUGCGCGAAAGAGAUCGCCAAAAUCGCCAGCGAAAUCGCCACGAAAGCGCCUUCCGACACUCAACAGCUCGCGCCGCUGUCCGCGAGUUUGAGCCACAAGUAUCAGCAGCUGUCCAACGACAGCAUCGGCGCAGCUUCGGCCGCGACCAACGUGGAGGUCGCCAUCAAGCUCAAGGAGGUCGUGCACCAGCUGGGCACGGCUUGCACGGAGCUGGUCCAAGCUGGCGGGCAGUGCUUGAUACAGAAGGACGACAUCAUUCUUCGGCAGAUCGGCGAUUGUUCGCGCAACGUGGGCGAGAAAGUCUCGUACGUGCUGGCGACUCUGCAAUCCGGCUCCAGAGGCACUCAGGCCUGCAUCAAUGCGGCUUCCACGGUGUCCGGAAUCAUUGGCGAUCUGGAAACGACGAUUAUGUUUGCCACGGCUGGAAAUCUCAACUCAGAAAACGAACACGACGCUUUUGCGGAUCACAGAGAGAACAUCCUCAAAACUGCCAAGGCUUUGGUUGAGGAUACCAAAACUCUGGUAGCUGGAGCUGCUUCAUCCCAAGAACAACUAGCUGUAGCUGCGCAGAACUCUGUCACCACUAUUGUUCAACUAGCCGACGUUGUCAAACUAGGCGCUAUGAGUCUGACCUCAGACAAUCCAGACUCGCAAGUGAUGUUGAUCAACGCUGUCAAAGAUGUCGCCUCUGCUUUGGGCGACUUGAUUCACGCAACCAAAGCAGCCAGUGGAAAGCCCAUACACGACCCUGCCAUGGGUCAUCUUAAGGAAAGCGCCAAGGUAAUGGUAACCAACGUUACGUCGUUAUUAAAAACUGUAAAAGCUGUGGAAGAUGAACACACCAGAGGUACUAGAGCUCUUGAGUCUACCAUUGAGGCUAUCUUACAGGAAAGCAAGAGUUUAUACUCCACUGAGGGUCAAAGAGCGGUAAAUGCUGAAGAUUUAGUGAGAUGCACUAAAGCCAUAACAAAUGCUACCGCAAAAUGCGUAUCUGCUGGAAUAAGCAACAAGCAAGACGACAUUAUAUCUGCAGCGAAUCUCUCGAGAAGAUCCAUAUCAGACAUGCUUAUAAUUUGCAAGAGUGCCGCGUAUACAUUAGCGGACACCCACGAACUGCGCGAGGAAACCCUGACAGCCGGUAGAGUCUGCGCAGAACAAUUCAGGGAGCUUCUAAUCGCCAUCUUGCACAACGGCGGGACACCCGACGUCAAACAUAUACUUCCAAUAAUUUCCAGAAAAAUCGCGCAGUCCGUCACUGAACUGGUCAGCGUUGCCAAACGUCUCAAAGGCUCUGAUUGGGUGGAUCCCGACGAUCCGACUGUCAUUGCUGAAAAUGAGUUGCUCGGAGCUGCAGCUUCAAUCGAUGCAGCCGCCAGGAAGCUUGCUAGUUUACGACCGAGACAAAAUGUUAAGACCCAGGAUCUCGACGAAUCGAUGAACUUUGACGAAAUGAUUCUUGAAGCUGCCAAAUCCAUAGCUGCAGCCACGUCGGCGUUGGUUAAAGCUGCAAGUGCUGCCCAAAGGGAACUUAUCGAUAGUGGGAAAAUGUCCAGAACGCCCGUUUCUUCUUCGGAUGACGGUCAGUGGUCGGAGGGAUUUAUAUCAGCUGCUAGGUUGGUAGCUGCAGCUACGCACAGCUUGGUUGAGAGCGCCAACGCCCUCGUACAAGGCCUUGGUAGCGAAGACAAGCUCAUAGCGGCCGCCAAGCAGGUGGCGUCCUCCACCGCGCAGCUCUUGGUGGCGUGCAAAGUGAAAGCGGAAGGCGACACGGAAGCGACGCGCCGCCUCUCGGCGGCCGGAAGCGCCGUCAUCCGCUCCACGGACAACCUCGUGAAGGCGGCGCAGCGCGCGAAGAGCGUGGAAGAGGAGCGCUCCCUGGUGCUGAACACGAAAAUGGUGGGCGGAAUCGCGCAGGAGAUCAACGCGAGGUCCGAGGUGCUGCGCAUCGAGCGCGAGCUGGAGGAGGCGAGGAACAAGCUGUACGUGAUCCGCCAGACCAAGUACAAGAAGGGUUGCGACACGUCCGGCGACGAUACGGACGGUUACGCGAGUUCCGUGCACGACGGAGACACCCGGUACCAGCAAGGUUAUGACAGCUCGCAAAGCUACUCAUACUCAACCCCCACCAAACAACACUACCAAGACUCGCACUACAGCCAUCUGGAGAGUCCCGAAAAGGUGAACUCUCUCGAACGCACCAAACAAAAAAGACACCCAACAUCGAACACCUUGCAAUCGCAGAUCGACGACCUCGACUCGGCCGUUUACGGCGGCGCCAACACCUACGGACAAAACAACUACGGCGCGCCGUACAGCGACCAAUCGCAAGGCGUCUACGGUCAAACCGGCGCCUACACAUCACCAAGCAACUACAACUACAGCUCGUUCUCGCAGAACGCGCCCAAAUUCGCACCUCAACCGCCCAGCUACACCAAUCAGUAUAGUUACUCGAACACCAGCACCAAGCCUGCGUCUCCCGGUGCUUACGUGUCCACAAAGUCAUUCGAAAGUCCUAGUCAUACGAAUAAAGCGUCGAACGCAUCGCCGAAGCCGUUCGAGAAAACUUUCGAUUACGUGAGCAGACCGCAAACGUUCAGCACGUUCUCGAAACCUCUGGAAGUCCAGAAGCCCACAACCGAGGGCUACACGACCUCUGAUUACAGCACGAACACCUACAAAACCCCCGAGGGCUACAGAACCGACACCUACAAGUACGAGCAUUACCAGUCGCAACCGCAAGUCCACUACUCGUCUUCCUCGGAUAAGUACUACACCACUUCCCCAGGGGGCGCUCCACUCCCGACCAGUCCCACUUCCAGCAAGGACUUCGGCAAAAAUGGCUUCGACAAACAGUAUCAAACGUCCUACUCUACUUCUAACGUCGAGUACGUUAACGAGCCUCCAAUAAUUCACGACGACGACACGCUCGAACAAAAAAUGCUUAAGAAAUCCGUAACCAAGCAAAUAAUCGAGAAGAAAACCACCACAAUGACUAAGUCGAGUAAGCAAGAAUCUUCCACGAAAAGUUUUCGAUUAGAAUGAUGCCUUAUAGACGAAAAUGCUUGAAUGCUGCCAAAAUACUACUUACUUAAAUUGUACUGUAUAUUAUUUUAAUUAAUAAUUAAGUGUCCUUAUUUGUUUAUGGUGCUAAUCCGUUCGCUUCUUUAUCCGUGGAUGUUAUUUUUCAAUUAACCAAAUAAAUUAUGUUUUAUUAAAAUUAUGUGCCAAUAAUAAUUUAAGCUUUUUUUAGUUAUUUAGGAUUAUACAUACCUAAUAUAUAUUUUAAUAGUUUUGUUGAUUUUUUAAAUUUGUACAUUUUAAUAAUUUAUAGUGUUUUAAACAAACUAAAUUUGUUCAUAUUAGCAAAUUUGUAAAGUGCCUACCACUGCUAAACUUGUGUAUUAUAUAAGUUUUUCUUUUACUAUAACAAGACUUGUAAGUGCCUAAAGAGUUUUAUGUAUGCAUUUUAAUAUAUACCUACCUAUCUAUACAAUGGAAUGUUUUAUUAUAUUUAUAUAAGUACUCAAUUUCAUUAGCAUUGUCC